UAAUAUUAUAUCAUAGUGAAAAUGGUUAAAUUAAAAAACGAUUUCGGAAGUAAAAACAAAAAUGAAGAUGAGUGGAAAAAACAAAAAGACACUGCGCCACCGCAAAAAAGUGUCCCAGGACUUAUCUCACGUGUGUUUUAUGCGUGGAUGUUUCCCUUAUUCUUGAAUGGAAACCGCAGAGACCUCGAGGAAUAUGACUUAGUGCCAACUAAAAGCAUUUAUGACUCUAAGGUUACAGGUGAUGCUUUAGAAGAAAAUUGGCUCAUAGAAGAAUCAAUAGCAAAAGCAGCGGGGAGGGAACCCUCUCUGAUAAAAGUUUUGAUUAAAACCUUCAUUUGGUCAUAUAUACCUGGUGGUAUUCUACAAUUUAUUUUCACAAGUUUAAGGACGCUCACACCUCUCUUAUUCUCGGAGUUGUUAAGUUAUUGGUCUGUGAAUACCACAAUGACAACUGCAGUGGCUUCAUAUUAUGCUGCAGCUAUGAUCGUAGCAAAUUUAAUUGCGGCUUUUUGUAAUCACCACGGAAACUACUACUGCCAACAAUUUGGAAUGAAGCUUCGGGUUGCAGUCAGUACGCUAAUGUUUAGAAAGAUAAUGCGGAUGAACAAUGGUUCACUCGGCGAAACAACAGCUGGAAAAGUAGUGAACAUAUUGUCAAAUGAUCUCCAGAGAUUCGAUUUAGCGUUCACGUUCCUCAACUACGUGUGGAUCAUACCAAUACAAUUGGUAGUCGUUUGCUAUUUGGGCUAUGUACAAGCUGGAUACGCGGCCCUUAUCGGUAUCGCAGCGUUAAUGGUAAUAGCCCUUCCUAUCCAAGGGGCACUUGGUAGGCUCAUGGGCAAAGUACGUUCCAGCACUGCUGUUAAAACAGAUGAUCGUAUUAAAGUAAUGAGUGAAGUGAUAAACGGUAUACAGGUUAUUAAAAUGUACGCAUGGGAGAUACCCUUCCAAAAAAUGAUCGCACAAAAACGUUUAGAUGAAUUGACGCAAGUGAAAAAAGCAACGAUACUAAGGUCACUCUUCCUCAGUUUUAUGAUCUUUACUGAACGAGCUGCACUUUUCCUUGCAGCCCUCACGUACAUUCUACUUGGUAAUCCACUCACCGCUAAUGUUAUUUAUCCCUUGCAACAGUUCAUGUCAUCGGCCAACUUCAACAUAACCAUGAUAUUGCCAAUGAUUUUAUCAUUAUCAGCUGAACUCGUAGUUUCCUUUAGAAGAGUCCAAGAUUUCAUGAUAUUAGAGGACCGACCCGACUUGGUUUCGGGAUCUUUGGCGCCAAUAUCCAACAUAUUCCGCAAUGUUAACACUAGUUUUAAAAAACCUAAAACCGAGGUCCGACCCAUUUCUUAUAUUCCGAAGACGGAAAUAUCAUUUACUAAUGGUAAGUCUGGAAUGUUCAAAAGAAGAUUACGUAGAAGUCUUUCACACCCAGGAGGAGACAGUAUAAUCGAAGUCCGCGACGUAUCAGCCAGUUGGACUGGAGACCCUAACUUCUUGGCUCUUAAAAAUAUAUCGUUCAGAAUCAAAAAAGGGAAACUGUGUGCCAUUAUUGGAGCUGUUGGUUCUGGAAAGUCGUCUAUUUUGCAACUGCUACUAAAGGAAUUGCCGGCAGCUACUGGCACGGUUUCAGUGUACGGGAAUGUAUCGUACGCUUGCCAAGAGGCGUGGUUGUUCCCGAGUACUGUGAGAGAAAAUAUUCUCUUCGGUUUGCCCUACGAGCCGGAAAAAUAUAAGAGGGUAUGCAGGAAAUGCGCUUUGGAGAAGGACUUCAAACAAUUCCCGUUCGGCGACCAGACUCUGGUGGGCGAGAGGGGGGUCUCGCUGUCGGGGGGACAACGAGCCAGAAUCAAUUUGGCACGUGCCGUCUAUAGAGAAGCUGACAUAUACUUGUUGGAUGAUCCUUUAUCAGCGGUGGACGCUAAUGUUGGUCGCCAAUUGUUCGAAGGAUGUAUCAAUGGCUAUCUGCAAGGACGGACAAGGAUCUUGGUUACCCAUCAAAUACACUUCCUAAAAGCCGCUGAUUAUAUAAUUGUUUUGAAUGAGGGUGGCAUCGAGAAUAUGGGCACAUUUGAUGAGCUUGCAACUUCUGGAAAAGAGUUCGCUAUGAUGUUAACUAACUUACAAGAAAGUAAGAAUGAACUUGAAACCGGAGCUGCAAAUAAGGGUGAUGACAAAGAAAAGGCUGCCCUUCUCAGAAGCGUAUCGAGUACCGACAGUGAGGAUUUACAAGAAUUUGAGGCUCAGAAAAUGCAGGCGGAAGAGAAGCAAUCUGGCAACCUGCGGUGGGAGGUCAUCUCCUCCUAUUUUAGGGCUGGAGGAAGCGUCUUUUUCGUACUCUUUGCUAUGCUUCUGAUUCUCCUGGCCUCAACUGCUGCAGCUGCUUUUGACUACUGGAUCAGCUUUUGGUCGAAUCAAAUGGCUAUUUACGAGGAAGAGAUGCAAGGAGAGGAAAUAGAUCCUGGACUAAAUGUGCAAGUCGGACCAUUCACAACGGGUCAAUAUCUCAUUAUACAAGGUGCUAUAGUGGUGGGUUGCAUCCUAUUGGGGAACCUUAGAGUAAUUCCUUUCGCUACGCUAUGCGCCAAUGCUUCGAGAACCCUACACGAUUCAAUGUUCUCCACCAUGAUUAAGGGGGUUAUGCGCUUCUUUGACACGAGUUCCUCAGGUCGUAUUUUGAAUCGUUUUACAAAAGACAUGGGUGCGUUGGACGAAGUAUUGCCUCGUUCUCUGCUCGAUGUGUUGCAAAUUUACAGCACAUUGCUAUUUAUUUUGGUCUUAAACGCUAUAGCUUUGUACUGGACUUUGGUGCCUUCGGCUGUGUUACUCAUUUUAUUCAUCAUAUUCGUGAAAUUUUAUUUGAAAACUGCACAGGGUGUGAAGCGUCUGGAGGCUACUACGAAGAGUCCAGUAUUUUCAAUGGUUACAUCAUCACUAAGCGGGAUUGCCACCAUACGGUCAGCUAAUGCUCAAAAUCGGCUUAUAAAUGAUUUCGAUAAACACCAGGAUUUACAUACAUCUGCUUGGAACUGUUAUUUAGCUGGAGGCAGUACGUUUGGUUUUUAUUUGGACGCCAUGUGCCAAAUGUACCUCACGGUUAUCAUUUUCGUCUUCCUGUAUCUUGAUUUCGAUGGUAUAAUAGCAGUGGGCAGCGUCGGCCUCGCCGUCACUCAGAGUAACAUGUUGACAGCCAUGCUGCAACAUGGCGCCAGAAUGUUGGUAGAAUUCAUUGCCCAACUCACCAGUGUCGAGAGAGUAUUGGAGUACACACGCAUCGAUACCGAGCCUAAUCUUUUUGAAGGACAAAGGGACGUAUCCCCCACGUGGCCUUCAGAAGGAAGAGUGGUGUUCCAAAAUGUUAACAUGAAAUACGCUCCUGAUGAACCGCCGAUUCUGAAAAAUCUAAACAUUGUCAUAGAGCGAGGAUGGAAGGUCGGUAUAGUCGGCAGAACAGGCGCUGGCAAGUCUUCGCUCAUAUCCGCUCUCUUCAGGUUUGCCUUCAUCGAGGGUAAGAUAACGAUCGACGACAUCGACACGUCAGUAGUAGCACGACAGAAUCUGCGGUCGAAAAUUUCAAUUAUUCCUCAAGAACCUGUGCUAUUCUCAGCUACAAUUCGAUAUAAUUUGGAUCCCUUCAAUAUCUACAGUGAUGAUGAUUUAUGGCGGGCGCUAGAACAGGUCGACAUGAAAUCAAGUGUACCUUCAUUAGACUUCAAGGUGACAGAAGGAGGUUCAAACUUCUCAGUCGGCCAAAGACAGCUCAUGUGCUUAGCGCGCGCCGUGCUCAGAUCGAACAAACUGCUCAUCAUGGACGAAGCCACAGCUAACGUCGACCCUCAGACCGAUAACUUCAUCCAGCAGACCAUUCGAAAGCAGUUCGCGACGUGUACUGUGCUAACCAUCGCCCAUCGUCUCAACACCAUCAUGGACUCCGAUCGUGUGUUGGUGAUGAGCGCUGGUGAAGUGGCAGAAUAUGAUCACCCAUACAUCUUGCUCUCCAACCCGAGAAGCCACUUCACCAGCAUGGUGAGGGAAACCGGUGACAAAACUAGCGCGCAAUUGUUCGAAAUCGCGAAAGCCUCGUAUCUCGAAAAGAAUCUGAAAGAUAGGGCUAGAUGAUUGUUGUAACGCGGCUAUACAUAUCACACGUGGCAAAGCUGUGAUUUUUGUGUCCUGUUAUAUGUAAUUAAGUACUCAAAAUAUACGGGACCUUAACGGGAACAAUUAGUAUCGAAUGUAUAUUAAAUGUUAGUCUAAGUUAAGUUAUCCAUGAGCUUAUAGGUACUUAAUUUCUCAAAAGACAAAUAAAACCUACAUAAAUUUAUCGUAUUUCUAUUUCUUCUCUCCGUAGCAAAAUUUAUAAAAAAUAAUUUAAUAUGUAAUGAUAAUAAUGCUCAGUGUUAAAGCAAAAAGCGUUUUUAUUUUUGUUAAAGGAUGCAAUUAAAGAGUUCAUGAAAAAAAGACGAAUAUUUUGGGACUAAGAAGCAAGCAGAAGAAAAGUUGUUUCAAAUAAAUUAAGACCAUUUUUUCCCGGGGUCCCUAAAGUAAAACGCUUAGGUACCAAAAUAAAUAUGCAUGCGUUAGAAUAACUUUAAGUACUUUUUUAUGAAAUAUUAUUUUUGCUGACCAAAAUGGAUAAAUGCUCACCAUUGAAAUAGGAACAAUAAUACCAAAUACUUCGAAUUCUAAUUUAUACGCUAAAUCCUUAUCAUAAUUGUCAAACUAAGAUUACAAACGUACACAGAUUUUCAAUUUUAUCAUAAUAAUCAAUGCACUGUACUGCCUAAGAUCUACCUGAUUAAAUACAUUUUUAGUUAAUUAAUGAAACGUAAGGGGGAAACGAAAGCAAAGACGCUCAUGGUUCGAACCACCGCACGAGCCGAGCGAGCGAAGCGGGCGUGCCGCAACGGCAGCUGGAGGACUUCUAUUUGAAUUGAAUUGAGAAUUGAUUUGAAGGUUUUAAUAUUUAUUAACUGUUUUCGUCAUCAGCCCAUAUAUGUUCCCACUGCUAGGACACAGGCCUCCUA